AUGCAGGGUAUUUCAGAAGACGAUCCAGAAACAUGGCUAUCAGACCCUUAUUACCCAUCUCCAUGGAUGAAUCCCCAUGCCGAUGGUUGGGCGGAUGCCCACAGGAUGGCAAAAGAUUUCGUUUCCCAACUUACUCUGUUGGAAAAGGUUAAUCUGACCACGGGAGUUGGUUGGGAGAAUGGUCCCUGUGUGGGCAACACCGGAUCCGUACCUCGUCUUGGAUUCAAAGGCUUUUGUAACCAAGAUUCCCCGCAAGGUAUUCGAUUUGCAGACUACGCCUCUGCUUUUACAUCGAGUCAGUUAGCUGCCGCUACAUUCGAUCGAUCCAUACUCUAUAAGAGAGGGCACGCCAUGGCCAAGGAGCACAAGGGCAAGGGUAUUACCAUGCAGCUAGGACCUGUUGCUGGCCCACUAGGCCGUAUACCCGAGGGCGGCCGUAUCUGGGAAGGGUUUGCAACAGAUCCGGUGCUCACUGGGAUCUCGAUGGCAGAGACGAUUAAAGGCAUGCAGGACGCUGGCAUUGUGGCCUCUGCUAAACACUAUAUUGGGAACGAGCAAGAGCAUUUCCGUCAAGUCAGCGAGUCUGCAGAUCACGGUUAUAACAUCACCGAAACACUGUCAUCCAAUAUUGAUGAUAGAACCCUUCAUGAAUUGUAUCUUUGGCCCUUUGCUGAUGCUGUGCGUGCUGGUGUUGGCUCUGUACUUUGCUCGUACACCAUGAUUAACAACUCUUACGGCUGCCAAAACAGUAAAACACUCAACAACAUCCUCAAGGGAGAGCUUGGAUUCCAAGGCUUCGUUGUGAGUGACUGGGCUGGUCACCAGUCUGGGGUUUCCUCCGCAUUGGCUGGCAUGGAUAUGUCCAUGCCUGGCGACACUGCAUUUGAUACAGGCUACAGCUACUUUGGCGCUAAUUUGACUGUCGCCGUUCUCAAUGGAACCGUUCCAGCGUGGAGGCUGGAUGACAUGGCUAUGCGAAUCAUGGCUGCUUAUUUCAAGGUUGGGAAUCGUAUCGAAGAUCAACCAGAUGUCAACUUCAACUCUUGGACGUAUGAUACAUACGGCUACAAAUACGCAUAUGGAAGCGAGGAUUACGAGCAGGUCAAUUGGCAUGUUGAUGUCCGAGGUGAUCACGCUGAGCACAUCCGCGAAACUGCUGCCAAGGGGACUGUUUUGCUGAAGAAUAACAAUCAUAGCUUGCCCCUGAAGACUCCCAGAUUUGUCGCCGUCCUGGGUGAGGAUGCGGGCCCUGGCCUCUCAGGCCCUAAUGGCUGCGCGGACCGCGGUUGUGAUAAUGGAACACUGGCCAUGGGAUGGGGAUCUGGAACAUCGGAUUUCCCAUAUCUUGUUACCCCGGACUCGGCCAUUCAACAUCAAGUUACAUCAUAUGGGGGACGUUAUGAAAGUGUUUUGGACAACUGGGCCGGCGAUGCUAUUCUGACUCUCGCCUCCAAGCCCGAUGCCACUUGCAUCGUCUUCGGCAACGCUGAUUCUGGCGAGGGGUUUAUCACGGUCGACGAAAACUGGGGCGAUCGCAAUAACCUGACUCUUUGGCAAAACGCUGAUCAAGUCAUUCGCAAUGUCAGUUCUGUGUGUAGUAACACCAUUGUCGUUCUUCACACAGUCGGGCCUGUGUUGGUAGAUGAGUGGUAUGAUAACCCCAACAUCACCGCUAUUGUUUGGGCUGGCCUCCCUGGUCAGGAAUCUGGCAACUCGCUGGUUGAUAUCCUUUGGGGCAAGGAGAACCCCGCUGGCCGUAGUCCCUUUACAUGGGCUCGACAGCGAGAGGAUUACGGCACAGAUAUCCUAUACGAACCAAACAACGGUGAUGGACCGCCUCAACAAACCUUUUCUGAAGGGGUCUACAUUGACUAUCGUCAUUUCGACAAGGCCGGGAUCGACCCUAUCUUUGAGUUUGGGUAUGGCUUGUCCUACACAACUUUUAACUAUUCCCACCUGAAAGUUACCAAGCGAGAUGUCCCCGACUACAAACCUGCAGUUGGCUCUACCAAGAGGGCGCCGAUUUUUGGUAAUUACAGUCGCGAUCUGAACGAAUACGCGCUUCCUAGCGAGUAUCCUUAUCCUGCAGCCUAUAUAUAUCCUUACCUAAACGAUACAAGCUCACUGAAAGCUGCUUCAAUGGACCCGGAAUAUGGAAGAACUGAUUUUAUACCACACCAUGCUCGUGACGGUUCUCCACAGCCCUUAGUUCCAGCGGGAGACCGUUCUGCUACCGGUGGAAAUCACUUAUUAUAUGAUAUCAUAUUUGAAGUAACAGCCAAAAUUACCAACACUGGAGAUAUUGCUGGCGACGAGGUACCACAGUUGUAUGUGGCCUUGGGAGGUGACAACCCGCCUGUCCAAUUGCGUGACUUUGAUCGCAUCCAUAUCAGGCCUGGGGCAAGUGCUACAUUUAGUGGGAGCAUCACUCGUCGAGAUAUCAGUAACUGGGAUAUUGUGAGUCAGAACUGGGUUGUUAAUGAUGAGAGCAAGAAAGUUUUCGUUGGUAGCUCGAGCCGCAAAUUACAUCUGAGUGCGGCUCUGGAUUAG